AUGGGCAAUUCCAUGUCUAAAAUCCUCGCCAAGCUGUUUGGCAGCCGAGAAUGUCGAAUUCUGAUGCUCGGGCUCGACGCCGCCGGCAAAACCACCAUUCUCUACAAGCUCAAGCUCAACCAGGGCAUCUCCACCGUCCCCACCGUGGGCUUCAACGUUGAAGUGCUGACGUACAAAAACAUCAAAUUCAACGUGUGGGACGUAGGAGGGCAGGAUAAGAUCCGUCCUUUGUGGCGCCACUACUUCACCGGAACCGAGGGUCUGAUUUUCGUGGUGGACUCUGCCGACCGUGCUCGAAUCGACGAGGCUCGACAGGAGCUGCACCGAAUCAUCAACGACCGAGAAAUGAAGGACGUUUUGCUACUGGUGUUUGCCAACAAGCAGGAUCUUAAGGAAGCCAUGCAUCCCAAGGAGGUGACCGAAAAGCUGCAACUGAACUCGCUCAAGGGCCGAACUUGGUGCGUGGUGGCUUCCACCGCCAAGACCGGAGAGGGUCUGGUUGAGGGUCUGUCUUGGUUGUCGAGUAAUUUGCCUUCUAUGGAUAAGUAG